CCAAAUCAAUCGUUGUAUAACAUGUUUUUCUGUUUUGUUUACCUGGUUUUAAGUUCGAAGACAAGGCUUCCCCCUGUCAUAUACGAUGCUUUUAUAAAAGGACAGCCAAUCACUGGUCGUACUAUCAGUUCCUCUAGCCUUAUAGACAAAACACCAGAAGGAAUCGCUGAAAUUGUACAAUGGGGGACUGUGAUAUUGCUUGACUUUUUAACUGCACAUCUCGACAGAUAUGUCAGGAUUAAUUUCGCAGAAGGAAAAGGACACCAUCCAAGUUUUUCUUCGAACUAUACAAAAAACCUGAUCCAUUCUAAAAAUGGGAAAAUAUGGUUGAUCGACAAUGAAAGUACAUUUUUCUUGUCUUAUUUCCUAAGAAACUGUGCAAACUGUAAUCGUGUAGCAAGACGCCUGAAAUUUUAUGAAGUUGUGCUUAAAACAGUUUGUGUUUUUCAACGAUCAGUAGUAAAUGCACUCAUGCAUCAGUCAAGAAACGGCUCAAUAUACGAAAGUCUUCUGUUGCUUUCCAAGACAUUUCAGCCUCUGGAAGGUGGCCUGACAUUCGACGACAAAUACAGGUUAAUAUCAGAUGUACUUAAUAAAAGGGUAGCUCAAGUUGUACACUGGAUACAGUAUUGUCAAAAUAACCAUCAAUUUCAAGGAUAAUAAUUCAAUAUCACGUCUUUACUUAAAAACAAUAUGGCGAUUUAUAUCAAUACCACCGAGUUCAAUUUUUAAUGUGAGAAGUUGGUAACGCAUGGAUUUUUUUUUGGUGAUUUUGGAUAAGAUAAAUUGUCAUCUUCAGUUGAAAUUAUUGUUAGAGAUGGCAUAUAACACAAGAUGUGCUCCGAACAUUGAUCAUUUCUCUUUACUUUUCUUUUUCCUUCCAGCAAGUUGCUAAUUUUCUCUAAUUUUUCUUCGUAUACCAUGUAUGUUUUCAAGGGCAUUAAACUAGGCUCAUAUGAUCAAGUUGCUUAAUUAAUGUAGAUUUGAAUUCUAAUAUGUCCCUUUUUACAACAUUCCUAUUCAAGAUUUGAAUGCACGUCGCUGUCUAUGAAAAUGACGCAAGUAUUAAGUUGAAACAUUUACACAUGCCUUCAUGUUUGGUAAUUAAGGUUAUAACACUCUAACUUGAAUGUAACGAAGAUUGAACACAUUUUUUAAUAUAGCUGUUUAAAAACAAAGACAUUUGACUCAAGCAGUUAUGUAAAAUGUAUAUCCGUAUGUGUUAAAAUAUCUGCUGCUAACAUAAUAAUGUUGCA